AUGGUAAUUCUUCUCAACGAUUUUAAUUUUUCUGGCACAACAACUACCAUUCCAUACGAUUCAUGUAAUCAACUCCGUUGGAAUCAAACGAGUGAGCUAGUGGCAGGUAGUUUAAAAGGUGCUACCGCUACUCAAUUUGAUAAAGCUGAAUGCUUGUUUAUCGAUGAGAACAACACACUCUAUAUUUGUGACAACGAGAAUGAUCGCGUCCUGCGAUGGAUUGAAGUUGCUGAUACAGGUGGAACUGCACUUCCACGCCCAGGGCAUCUUACUUUUGACAAGUUUGGAAGCGUGUAUGUUGCCAUCCGUGCCACUAAUAUAGUCUUACGUUUUGUUCUCACUUCAUUUUUUGGAACCACAGUUGCUGGAAGUAGUACUUCAGGAAAUGAAAAUAAUGAGCUUCAUGAAUCAAUAGAUAUAAUUGAUGAUGAUGAUUUGAAUAUUUAUGUCGUUGAUUCAAAAAAUGAACUCUUGAUGAAAUGGCCUUGCAGUGCAACAAUGGAUUUUCUUAUGAUUAGUAAUCUAUAUAGUGACGAAGUAGUUGUAAUGAUAUUUGCUCCGAAUUCAACAGAUGCAUUUUACUUUAGUGAUAAGCAAAACGGUUGA